AUGGCACGGACGCAGACAAACUACGCAAGACGAAACAUUAUUUUCGCUUUGUUGGUGCGUCGUCUGCGUCGCAAGAAGAACAGGUCUCUCUACAUAAGGGAUAUCUUUGACAAGCGUCCAGAGUGUGGAGAGUACCACCACCUAGUACAGGAGCUGCGGAACAGUGAUCCUGAAUACCAUUUCAAGUAUUUCAGGCUGACAAAGGCGUCGUUUGACAAGCUGCUGAGCCUUGUUCACCGCAGGCUUGUUCAUCCUCCUACUCACAGGAGAGCCAUCUCACCGGCAGAAAGGCUCGCGGUGACAUUGAGAUUUCUGGCCACAGGAGGGUCCAUGGAGGACAUUGCACUGAGCUACCGAAUGCAUGCAUCUACUGUAGCUAGCGUACUGAAGGAGACAUUACCAGCGAUCUGGGACUGCUUGAAGCCCCUGGUACUCGGACGCCCAAGCACACAGAGGUGGCGCGACAUAGCAGAGGAAUACUAUGACAAAUGGGAUUUUCCAAACACAAUAGGGAGCAUUGACGGCAAGCAUUUUGCGAUCAAAUGUCCCAACAAGAGCGGCUCAGACUUCUACAAUUACAAGGGUUUCUAUUCACUAAUUAUGCUGGCUAUAGCAGACGCCAACUAUAGAUUUAUAAUGGUGGACAUCGGAGCCCAAGGCCGAUAUUCAGACGCCUCUUUUUUUAAGAGGAGUCCCCUCCAGGCAGUAUUUGAAGAGGGUGCUCUGGGGCUGCCUUCAAAUAUGUCGAAGUGGCCACCUUGUUUGGUUGGCGAUGCAGCCUUCCCUUUGCGGACUUACCUGGUGCCCUACCCUGGGAGGAAGCUGGAUGAUAGAAAAAAGGUCUUCAAUUACCGCUUGUCGAGGGCACGCAGGUGCAUUGAAAAUGCUUUCGGCAUUCUAGUCUCCCGUUGGCGGGUGUUUUUUGGAACGGUGGAAGGCGCACCAGAGCUCCUCAACAACAUGAUUCAGGCUGCCGUGUGUUUGCACAAUUCUCUUAUGGGAGACGCUGCCUACUGCCCUGAUGAGUACAGCGGCACGCUAUGCGGCGAGACGGUGUAUGACGGAGAAUGGCGCCGCACUGUCACUAAAAUUGGCACAAAGACAGUGCCGUCAAACAACCGCCCCACUUCAGCUGCCAUGGCAAUGAGGGACGAAUUAGCAGACUAUUUUAUGUCUGCAGAAUGCUCACUGCCGUGGCAGCUGAUGGUUGUCAGGCGAUGCUAA